AUGAAACCUAUCAGAAACGCCACAGCUCAAGCUAUUACUACAUUUUUAGAAAAAGUUGUCUUGACUUUUGGUGUAUCUCAAGUUUUAUUGUUGGAUAAUGCAACUGCACAUAAGGGUAAGGUGUUCAAUAACUUCAUUGAGGAAUAUAAAAUUCCUAAAGUAACGUAUACUUGUCGUUACCAACCAAAUGAAAAUCCCACAGAGAGAAAUAAUAGGGCAAUAGGUACAGCUACAAGGUGUUUCAUUAAAGACUCUCAUAAACAGUGGGAUGAGGAAAUUUUGAAGAUUCAGCAUGCCAUUAAUACUGCUACUCACGAAGUAACAGGUUUCAGUCCUGAUUUUUUAAAUUUUGGUAGGACUGUACCAGCUAAAGGUGAAUAUUAUGGUGAUGUAAUUGAUUCUGAUUGGAACAAUAAUUCCCAAGCUAGAAAAAUGUAUAGUAAAGAGUUGGAAAAAUUACCCUCGGUGUACUUUCAGAUGCUGCAAAUGAAUAUGCUGCAAAGUUAG